AUGCUGAAGAAGGUUUCUGGAGAACUGUUAAGCUUGCCGGAGAGACAGACAGAUCCCAGCCAGAGAUCUCAUGAUAUCAGUGUAGCCCAAAUACCAUAUUCUUUCCCCAAGGGUCUGAAGCAGCGUUUCUGGAGAGAUAACCCAUCUCUGCCUUCCAGGGGCUUGGGGGGGAGAGAAGGGGAAAGCGAGCAGGAUGCAGCGCGGAGCGACACCAACAGCCCCUCUUACUGCCAAUACAACCCACGGAGAGUCUCGCUGAGGAGAGAGGCUGGCGGCAGGAGCAGCAGCAGCAGCAGCAGCAGUGGAGUUUGCCUUGCUCGGGUGGAAGCGGGCAAAACAGUAGGGCAAGUCGGAGCUUGGGGCUCGUGGCAUCGCUUCGGGAUUCCCGCAACCACCAUGGGGAGACGGCGGGGCCUCUCCUUGCAGCCGUAUUUCCUCUGGCUGGGCUGUGUGGCACUCUGGGCGCAAGGAGCAGCUGGGCAGCCAAAGCAGCAGCAGGUCCGUCCUGCCACCGCGGGUGCAGUAGAAGGCGGCAGCAGCUACCCUGCCUUGGACAACGCGGAAAGCAGAGGCACAGCGCCUGCCGUCGCCAACCGAGUCCGCAGAAGAGGCCAGCAGGACGUACUGAGGGGGCCAAAUGUGUGUGGCUCCAGAUUCCACUCCUACUGUUGCCCUGGAUGGAAAACACUCCCUGGGGGAAAUCAGUGUAUCGUUCCAAUUUGUAGAAAUAGUUGUGGUGAUGGAUUUUGUUCCCGCCCUAACAUGUGCACUUGCUCCAGUGGACAGAUCUUGCCAACCUGUGGAACAAAAUCAAUACAACAGUGCAGUAUCAGAUGCAUGAAUGGUGGUACAUGUCUGGAUGACCAGUGCCAAUGUCAGAAGGGCUAUAUUGGCACUUACUGUGGACAACCUGUCUGUGAAAAUGGGUGUCAGAAUGGUGGUCGUUGCAUUGGGCCGAACCGAUGUGCUUGUGUAUAUGGAUUUACAGGGCCACAGUGUGAAAGAGGUAAGAAUUUGUUUUUAGAAAGGAAAAAUUAG